UUCCAGAAAUAUGCAGUAGUUGGACAAUUUAAUGAAACACCAGGUUUUACACCACAAUCAUUUAUUAAUAUGGUGUAUGGCCUCCUUUUGCAGCCAAUACAGCAUCAAUUUGUCCUGGGAAUAACAGAUACGAGUCCCGGUCAGCGACCGGAAGGAUUCUGCUGUGGAUUCAGCAGCUGUGGUUUUAUGUUUCUUGGAUACAAUCCGGGUUAGUACCCGAACAUCCCUAUCGGACAGCUUCCUCUUGCAUCCACAGUUACUCCUGAUGGAUGUGGUCCAUCCACCGUGGUGAUAUGCUGACAUUAGCCUGGAUACCGCAGCUCUCAACACACCACAAAGACUUGCCAUUCUGGUCACAGAUGCACCAGUGAGACAUGCACCAACAAUUUCUCCUCUUUUGAGCUCUGAACUGAUGUCCCUGAGGACCCCAUGCCAGCAUCCUCUUCUUCUCUUUGCACCCAGAUGAUUUGCAUCCUGAGACCCCUGAGCUGCCGCCGCGGGAGUGCAGCCCGGAAAUCAUGCGCCUCAUCUGGCCACACUGGUGCCUCGAUACGGGAUACAAGAUACAUCUUAUCACAGUACAAGUACAAUGAGAUGUCAUCUGGAUCAAUCUUGUUGAGGCCUUAAUAAAAACUAUACAAGCUAAAAAAUAAUAACAAUAAUAUAAAAAUAGCAUAUAGCAAUGUCUAAAUACAACACACAGCGUAUUCAGUUGAAAGUGCCUGAGGAAGGCAUUAUCUGAGAGCUGCUGCAAGAUAAUGAUUAUGAUCAACAGUAUUUCAUUAUAUAAAACACAAUUGUGCUGGGAUGAAUGUGAUACAGUCGACGGGGGGGAUUGUGUGAUGAUUAGGAGCCAGGAGAGUAAAAGUGCAUAUUCUGUGUGUGUAGUGCAAGGUGUGUGUAGGGUGGAUAAGUCUCAGUUCAGAUCAGUUCAGCCUUCCCCCUGGGGGGGAAUACAGUUCAAGAAGUAGGAGCAAAUCGUCAGGUGUAGACAUUUGUUGUCACUCACCAGCUCAUGAACCCACCAUCUGCAUCUCUUUGAAUCUGUGAUCGUUUGUUUUGCCUUAUAGCACAGCCCCCUUUUGGUCUCAGUCUCAAAGGGUCCCCAGGCAUUAGUAUGCGAGACUGUGUGGUACAGACAACAAGGGUGGUGAACACGCCGCUUGGUCAUGAGGUCUAGAUCGGUCGGAUGGACCGCACCUCCUCGGCCCCCACACUUUGCUGCAGUAUUCCUGGUACUGGUGUUGGGCCAGCGCUGAUCACAAAACCUGCUGAUACCUGUAGCUGGAUGUUUACUGGAAGCUCCGCCUAGCUUCACUUAUGCCUAGUUGACUCAUCAACAGUGUGAAUGUUUGCAAUAUGCUAUUUGCAUCACUGUAAGUUGCUUUUAUGCAAAAGCAUCUGCUAAAUAUGUGAAUGUACAUGUUAUACGAUGCAUCCUCCCUAGACAUACAUUCUCAUCCCUGCCUCUAAAUUUCCAAUCUAUUAAAUUGACCAACUCCAGACCGUAACACUGUCUUCCUCAUUGCAGAAACCAAGCUCUCAUACUCAUCCUUCUGGUUAUUAAAACUGUCUUGUGAUUGAACGUGAGGAAGCAUGGCCGUACGUUACACACGACUCCCAGCAUCACGACUUACACGAUGGGUUUGUUUUUCUACACGUUUGCAGAUCAGGGAUCUUUUACUACAGGAAAUUAGUGCCUUGGGAUAUUCUGGUCUUGGUGCUGAAGUGGAACCAGGAGAUGGUACUUAGCAGAAUAAUUUCAGUGUAGAGUGCACCCGAGACAUAUAACCGACUGAGCAACAAGCAAUAUUACAUUAGACAGGAAACAACAUUAUCUAGAUAGUUAGCAAUCAGCUUUGCAUCGGGACGGAAAUCUGAGGUUACCCAAUAUCACAGGCAGGGUGUGAAAUCUCACUGGGACAGCAAGCAGUCAGGACCCCCGAAGGGAAGGGGUGAGGCCCAGAGACCAUAAGCUGAGGUCCUGCUCCAAAUAGUGUAUAUUUCCAGAAAGGAGACAGAUGCAUGCUUAGGACUAACCCCCCUCAUACCCAAUCAGGAGAUUUAAUACACCCCACAAUUUUAUAUCAUAUUUACGUUAUUUACUGCCCUUUGUAUACCAUAACGAUAGACUUUAUUAAAUGUGAUGCAAAAUUAUGGCUGUAUCAUCUUUAUGACUUCAAAUGAUAAAGCUAGGUGAUUAAAACUGUAUUCAAAAAAGCUCAACGACCAUAUAUCGCUAAAGAGACCAUUUGUAUUAGCAGGAGACAAGGAAAAUCAUUAAUGAGGGUAUGUGAAAGAUUGCUAGCAGACCAAAAUGCUUUGUGUCCCCGACUGAAAGAGUUUUCUAAGGGGAGGAAUAAAAACCUCGUGCAAGAGGAGCCAGCGGUAUUGAUCAGUAAAUAUGAUAACUGGGCCCAAUGAUUUCCUCUACUUGAUUUAGCAGCAUAUGCAUCGCUUCCUAUUUGCAUCGCCCAUUUUUGAAAGAAAAAAAAGUUUGUUUCUGUAUUUUCGAAAGACUAAAAGAAUAAAGUUGGCAAAAGUUCCACUUGGGGUGAUUAAUUAAAAUUCUACUCUUACAACUGCUUAUGCUAGUCAGGGUAAUAAGAACACGCUGACAACACGCUAACAAACAAUUAAGUACAAUGGAUAUAACUAAAAUCUAUAGGCCAAUAUAAAAAGCCCACGCUGGCGGUCGGCCCACGUUGCUAUGGUACCGGGUUUAGCGUCUAUGUGACACACGGACCAGGUAGGAUAUGUACAUGUAUUUGCAUUUCUCAAAACAAUUAAAAUACAUAUAAUUGCAAGUUUAAGUGCUUAUUAAGAAUAAUUAGUUAACUUGUCGAUUUGCCAUUCCGAAUAUGUUAAAUGAUACUGAUACAGCGAUAAUAUUUUGAAAUAAGAUACGACCGAUUGUCGUUCCACAGAUAAAUAAAACAGAGUUAAAGACUUAGACCGUGGCAUGCAGUGAAGAGUCGGCUAUGUCGGCGCGAAUGGAUCAGCUCGCCCAGCCGAAGCCGAACCGGCUGAAAUACCCAGACAGGAGAUCGGUAUACUGGCUAGAUGAACUUCCCUUGGCAUCAAAGGGUUCAACAACCACCUUCGACCUGACACCACGCUGGGCCCGGCUGGCCCUUAAGAAGCUGGUCCACCCCAGUUUCCAGGAGAACAGGCGGUCUCCGGCAUGGCAGGUGACGGCCGCAACCCUGCAGGCUUCCCCCUCGGAGAGGGUGUGCCACCUGGCUAUACCCCGCCCGCCCACUGUGGGCUGGCAACCAGAUCGCCCCCUGUUGGCCACACAGGUGAGUAAGUCUAUGCGAACAGCUGCUCCCAGCCCCCGAAUCUGCCAGUUAUCCCAACCUAGGAGAGCGGCGGUCCUGCUCCCCGAUGAUGAACACAAACCAUCUGCCAGAGGGCUGCGUCUCACCAAAACGUCCCCCCGAAUACACCUGCUGGCCAUCCCAAAGUCUGACCACCCCGAGCACCAGCAGGAUCGGCCUGUGCUGUGGGCGGUCCCAAAGUCAGCUCUAUGUGGGGCUCCCAGCGAGCGGAUACAAGUGCUGGCCCAGCCCAAACAACGGAGGGCGCUGUUUGAAGGACAUGACCCCUACCGCGUCAGUCCGGCCGCCCUCUAUGGUACUGCCUCCCUGCGGCUCCUGCAGCUCAGCGCCCCGCUGCCACGCAAGUGCAAAAACAAGUAGCCAGUAUCUCAUCUGGGGCCAACGAUCCAGCCAGAUAAUUCCUGUGUUUUUGCUCAGAAUAAAGUCUGUGAAAGCCA